AAAAAUAACUGUGUUAAACGCGCCUCGUAACACUUGCGUUCUGUUAUAGGUGUUGUGUGAAGUUUUAGUUUUAGUUUUUCAGCGCAGAUUGCGUUUGGUCUGAACGGCCCCUGUCAAAGAGACGGGUUUUGGACGCUUGCUAUUGGUUGGCGGCAUUAGUGACGUCAAAUCAGAACGCGAUGAGAGGUGAAAGGUGAACCGCAAGGGUUUGGAUGAAGAAGCGGGCUGCAAAACAAACACACUAGCUUUUGUACAAAUUAUGUCGUUGCAUUGAGUUGAUUUAGGGACAAAUAGUUCAGAUAUACAUGAGGUAGCGAUAUUAGUUACUUAACGGGUUUCAAUCGUUUUAUAUUGUAACUUUACUCUCAGAUAAGUGAGACGGCUAGGCUAACCGUUUUCGCGGGAGCGAGGUGGUUCUGACUGACACACGGUCUAAUCACACCGUGUGCCAUCUCCGUUUUAGUUUACAAAUUUCAUUAAAAAAAAAAAAAUCGUAGAGUGGACUUUCUUUUGUGUAUAUAGUCAGUGAGAUGGCCGAGAGACCGGAGGACCUCAAUCUUCCCAAUGCUGUCAUAACGCGGAUUAUGAAGGAGGCAUUGCCAGACGGAGUUAACGUGUCUAAGGAGGCAAGAAGAGCGAUCUCUCAAGCAGCCAGUGUUUUCGUUCUCUAUGCAACAUCUUGCGCAAACAAUUUUGCAAUGAAGUCAAAAAGGAAGACACUUAGUGCUGGAGAUGUGAUGACAGCUAUGGAGGAGAUGGAGUUUGAGCGUUUCUUACAACCACUGCAGGAAGCACUUGAGGCCUACAAGAAAGGUCAGAAAGGCAAGCAGCAAGCAGAGCAGAAACGCAAGGACAAGGAAAAGAAUGGCACUGAUGAGAAUGACAAGAGUAGCUAUGAAGAGGAAGAUGAGCACAUGGAUGAGCAGGAUGGAGGGGAAGAGGAUGUGGAGAACUGAGGCACAGCAGGAUUGUUUCAUUUGCUCAAUCUGUCCUGGUUUCUAUCAACCAACUAUAAUGAUAGUAACUUCCACUUUAGUAGUGGGAAAAGGAUAAGGUGGCACUUAGUUUGGACAAAGCCCAUGGUACGGAAUACGGUUUCACUCGAGUGGAUUUAAAUGGAUUAAAGGCAGCAGCCACAAAUGAUAUGCUGAAGCUUGUUGUACAUCCAGUUAUUAGAUAGUUGUAUUAACUCAAACAGUUAUGGAAUAUUUAACCACAUGUAACCUUUUUCCAAGAGAGUUUUAAUUUUAUUUUCAGUAAUUUCUCUUUAAAAUCAUACAGAAAGAGUUCCUGAAUUCUCUCAAAUGUCCCUUAUUAACUCACUUUAAGUGUUAAAGCAUAAAAAGC